ACCCCCCCUGCAACCGGCCGAAAGCCCCCAGCUGCUGCCACCCAUCUCCGGCUGAAAAACCGGUAGGAAGCUUGGGGAUUUCUCCUUCCUUUCUUGCUCUAGAACACAAAUUGAACCUAGAAAUUCUCCCCCCUCUCUACAGAAAUCCCGGAUCUGCUCUGCUCUGCUUCUCACCACGGGCUGCUCCUGCUUUGUGGGGUGCGAAUUGCUCGGGUUUUUGAUUGCGUGAAUUCCCCCUGCAGAUCCCGCCGGCCUCUUCCCCCAACUGCAGCUCCGGUUCUGUUGGCUAAAAUUCUGGUUCUGAUCGUUCUGUCAGUUUAGCACUGAGAUCGAGUAUGCGAGUGAGGUAAGUAAAUUUAUGGUAAUGCCCGUAAAAUUUUUUUUAAAAGCAUGUUUUGAUUUGUUUUUGAAGUGGUGGUGGGACUAAACCUGUUUUAUGCAAAAAUAAGUAUGACUGAUUUGAAGUGAAAUUUUUAUGCUUUUCAUUAAAUUGAGCAUGCCUACUUGAAAUUUAAUGGAUUGUCCUGAUGAUUUGAAGUGAUUGGUGAAUUAUGCUUUUUCUAUUAACUUCUGUCUGUUUUGUCUCCGAUAUGGUCAUGUUUUACUGUGCCCGCUAGUGGGAGGUUUAUAAAUGCUAGCACAUAUCGACAUGUUACUGAUAGAACCAGUUCGUUUCUGUUAUCCUACUAGUGGGAUUAUACACUAGUAAAUCGUGUGCCUGCCAGUGGGAGGUUUAUAACACUAGCCAUGACCUAUAAAGGAGACGUCUAUUUCGUUUCUGUACUCGUGCUUGUUUUUCGUGAUUAUACUUGUUGGUAUGCUAUAAGUUUAAUUAAGAGCUAUCCAUAUUUACUUACUGAGUUUAUCUCAUAGUUUUUCUUUGUCCACCAUUUUAGGAAGCGAAACCGAGGACGGGGAAACCACGGAAAGUGACGAGUUAGAAGGCUAGCAAUUUCAAGAUUGAUAUAAAUUCUAGAAAUAAAUCAUGAUCUUGUAAACUAGAGUGUAUUUGGAGAUUUUAUAAUAUCAAAGCAUAUUUUAAGAUUUUAUCUUUAGAUUUUGUGGUCUGAGCAACUGUCUCAACAUUGAAUUACUCCACAGGGACUUGCCAAAUCUACUUGUGAAUUGCUUUUGUUGCAUUUUUCUUCUUCAAGUUUUAUUUUAUUGUAAUGUCAAACAUGAAUGAAUGGAUUUUCUUUUGUUAAAUUUUUGUUGGGUAUUGGUUUUUUGAAUUUGCCAUUGUUUUUGCUUGAUUUGGUAUGGAAAAGUUGGAAUUUUUAGUUGUUGGGUGGCUGUUAUCUGUGCUCUUGUUCAUACUUGAAUUGGAGUUCAUGUGUUUUGAGAGACUAGAAUGUAUUGAGUAAUCCAAUUGUUUGAUGUAAAUUUGAUGGAUUUUAUAAUUCAAGCUAUUUUUAUUUUUAGCAAGAUAGUGUUUCUAACUAAAAUUUACUUGGGAUA